AUGGACCUUAGUCAGGCUGUUGAGUGGAGCCGUGAGGAGAAUGUGGAGUUGUGUCAUGCCAUUUUACUUAGCAGAGUGCCAUUGGAGGCCACUGAUGAUGUGGUUAGCCGUGUGCUCAGCACAGUUAAGGUUCUGGGUAGGACCCGGAUACGCGGUCGGCGUGGUGACAAGACUGGUAGGCACCUGUACAUUUUAGUCGAGACUUCUGCUGAGUUGGAUCAGAGCUCUGUCCCUCCUGAAGUGGGAAUUGUAGGUGAGGCAGGUCCAUGGGCUGUUCAUGUAGUGAGUAGUUUGCUGCCUGCUAGUCCUGUUCUUGAAAGUGAUGGAUUCGAAGCCAAGCUAUUUUCAUUAUUACAGCAGGAAGGCAAGUCUAUGGGUGAUGUGAAGGCUGUUUUGGGCACGCAGCCUCCUAAACCUGAUGUCAGCAUGGAUCUUGUGAAUGCCAUAGGCCAGCUCGUUGAUCGCUGUAACCAGGCAUCUGUUGAUGUGCCUGGCUAUAGAAAACUGAGGCUGUUUUCCGGUUUACGGCCCGUUCCCCCAGGCGAGGAAGAAUAUGAGGCCUGGAUGGAGCAGGCUACUCAGAUGAUUACUGAGUGGCAGUGCAGUGAUGCUGCUAAGCGACAGCGCAUUGUUGAGAGUUUGCGUGGGCCUGCUGCGGAUAUAGUAAGGUUUUUGAAAGUCAGUAGCCCAUCUGCUACUGCUACUGAUUACUUAACCGCUCUUGACACUACUUAUGGAUCGACUGAGAGUGGGGCAGACCUUAUGGCAUCGUUUCGCCAUACUUUUCAAGAAGAUGGUGAGAAACUUUCUGCUUUCUUGUAUCGCUUGGACAAGCUUCUCCACCGUGCUCUUUUGAGAGGAGGGAUUGAAGCUGCAGGCCUGAAUCGUGCACGUCUGGAGCAGUUGUUCAAGGGUGCUCUCACCACUGACAUUGUGGCUUUACGUGUGCGACUUCUGCACACUUUGCAAGCUCCGCCUUCUUUUUCCCAGUUAAUGCGAAAUGUGAGAGAGGAAGAGCACUGGGUAAGUGCAAGGGAGAGUGCAAAGGUUUCUGUGGCCUCAUCUACAUUUUGCCAGGUUCCUGUGACUGCUGCUGUCGCUCUUCCUCAUGUGCCUGUUACUCCCCUGGCGUCUGAGGUUGACAGUCUGAGGAAAGAGGUCAAGGAGCUGACGUCUUUAGUAACUAAACUUUUGACUGCUACUACCGUGGCUCCUGAAAAUCCUCAAGUCUCACAGUUUGGUGUAAGCCACAGCACAGAAACCACAGCCCCAGCUGUUCCCACAAGGGCUGUUUCUUCGAACCUGCCGAAGUCUACGACAUCCUCUUCUGUUCCUGCCAUUUUUUGCUACAAGUGUGGAGAAGACGGCCACACCAAGCGAGAGUGCACACGUCCUGAGAACUUGAGGGUAGUGAAUCAGAAGCUGCUUAAGAGGGUCAUGCAGCAGGGAAACUUCCCCGGAGCUCAGUGA